UCAUUCGUUUGUGAGAAGCAACGACACAUCAGCAUCAUGCCCGAGCCAGCAAAGUCCGCGCCCAAGAAGGGCUCCAAGAAAGCCGUCACCAAGACCGCAGGGAAAGGCGGCAAGAAGCGCCGAAAGUCUAGGAAGGAGAGCUACGCCAUUUACGUGUACAAAGUCCUGAAGCAGGUCCACCCCGAUACCGGCAUCUCCUCCAAGGCCAUGGGAAUCAUGAACUCGUUCGUGAACGACAUCUUCGAGCGUAUCGCCGGAGAGUCGUCUCGCCUGGCCCACUACAACAAGCGUUCCACCAUCACCUCCAGGGAGAUCCAGACCGCGGUGCGCCUGCUGCUCCCCGGAGAGCUGGCCAAGCACGCAGUGUCCGAGGGCACCAAGGCCGUGACCAAGUACACCAGCUCCAAGUAAACAGCGCAUUUGGAGUGCUGUAGUAACCCAAAGGCUCUUUUAAGAGCCACCCACCCUGUCAGUGAAAAAAGCUAA